GUCGCCAAUCCUCAUUUCCCACAAACCCCCGUCCCGUCGCUGCGCCAACCCAACCACUCCGGCAUUCCGCCCCCAUCCAAGCUUCGAGGAGCUAGGGCUUCCCACUCCGAUGGCCGCCCUGAAGCCCUCGCCGCCGCCGGUGCCGGCGGGGAUCGUCGUCGCGGUGCUCGCGCUCGUGCGCGUCGUCCUCACCCUGACGCUGUCGCUCGGCCGCGUCCUCGUCGCGGACGAAGCGCUCCCCUACCUGGGCUUCGCGACUCUGUGGGUCAUCUCCGCGGCCGCGGCUACCAAGGUCGUGGGGAGCCGGGCCUGGGCCGAGGGCUCCGCCCCCGCCGUGUUUCUCCAGGCGCUCACGGGCGGGGUUCUCAAGGCCAGCUUCCUUGUCUUGCAAGCGCUUGGCGCCGUGAUGCUGUGCGGCCAGUUCCUGCUCUACGUGGUCGCAUCUGCAUCUGGAUCCGGUUCAGAGUUCCAGAAGAGAGCCCAUGGAGCUUUCAACAAGGAGUUGAUUAGGGGGGAUCCUCCCCGCACUGCAGUCCUUGGAACGUUCGCAUCUACACUCCUCAUCCUGCUAAUUUUAGCUGGUUCUCUGGUGGAAUGCAUGAUGUCGAAAAAGAUUGGUUCUGUGAUUGUGGAUGUGGGGAUAUUUGGUUCCAGUGCGAUAGCUUGCUUUGUUGUCAUUCCAGCUGUAGUACUGACUAACUGGAGGGAGGACCAGAUGUCAAAGAAAAACAUGACUCACGUCGCAAACUAUUGAGGUUCUUGUGCAAAAAACAUGAAGAAUACUACUGUUGUGGGGAUGAUUGCAUAAUGACAACUAUAUUUCAUUCAGACAAGCCACAUGAUGCCAUUAGUUCCAUUGAAAUUUUCUUAUUCUGGCAUAAUCCUGAAUGGAAGGUGUGGAGACGGGCAAGGCAAAUUACGAGAGCUGACUCUUUGCUGAAGUUUAUGGCCGGUGAUGACUGAUGAGUUCUGGGUUAUAGUUACCCGUAGGCAUGACUGUAGAUUGUUCUACUGCUAGUAUUUCAUACUCCAUGUGUUAGGAGCUCCCGUAAUCCGACAUUGUAGUGUUCUAACGUUUACUUGCUGCUUGGAAGUCUGGAAUACAUGACCAGAUAGUGAGGGGUAUAUAUAACACCCUCCCGGAGGAGAAUGCUUUUCUAGGCGUGUAGAAUUUGCCAUCUUUUCUAGGCGUGUAGAAUUUACAGUUUAGUGGAGUAUGUUCGUUUGCGUCUUGUGGAUGUGGCUUGGGCCAGCUCAAAUCUUAGGUAGCUUAAACUGGAAAGGUAAGAAAUUGUGAUAAUGAUUAUAUUACUCCUGUCCAUUGAUCGAUGGGUUACCUGUGAGAUAUACUUUGAUCUUGCCUUGUGA